AUGGCUCGUGGGUUGUCGCAGCUCCUGCUGCUGCUUCUCGUCACCGCCACAUGGCGUACGUCUCCUCUCCAAGGCGCCGAAGCGAAGGGAUUGAGCCGGGCGUAUUACAAGGACUCGUGCCCGUACCUCGAGACGAUUGUCCGUGAGAUCGUCAUUGACGAGUACGACUUGCCGGAUUUCUUGCCCCGCUUCUCUCCUGAUCGCCUACAUUUGGCGCUCACGGCGUCCUUUUCUCCUCGUCUCGCCUACGGUCCGCAGGGUUGCGAUGGAUCGGUGCUGCUCAACUCAACGCCGGGCAACAAGGCAGAGAAGGACGCCCCGCCCAACCUGUCGCUGAACGGCUUCAACAUUAUCGACCGCAUCAAGACGGCCGUCGAGGCCAAGUGCCCCGGCGUCGUCAGCUGCGCCGACAUCGCCGCUCUCGCCGCGCGUGAUGGCGUCAGCCUGGCCGGCGGGCCGUACAUUAAGACCCAGCUGGGUCGCCGCGAUUCGCGCACGUCGAAGGCCGCUCUGGCGGUGAAGUUUCUGCCCGGGCACCAGAUGGACGUGAACGCGCUGCUGAGCAACUUCGCCGCCAUCAAUCUCACGCUCGUCGACCUCGUCACGCUCUCCGGCGGUCACACCAUCGGCGAGUCGCACUGCGACACCGUAGCGCACCGCAUCGCGCCCAACCGCGACCCGACGAUCGCGCGGUCCAUGCGGAAGUAUCUGGAAGGCCACUGCAAGGCGCCCAAGGUCGACGGCACUAUUCCCGUCGUCCUCGACAUCCGCACUUCUAAGCGGUUCGACAACCAGUAUUUCAAGAACCUGCAGCGCAAGUUCGGGCUUCUGACGAGCGACCAGGUGCUGGCGAUCGAUCCGCGCACCAAGGAUAUCGUGAACGAAUUCGCGGCGGACAAGAAGAGCUUCUUCCGCCACUUCCGCCGCUCUAUGUCGCGCGUGGCUGCUGCUGAAGAGCGCGUGCCUGGCAGGCACGCGCGUGCUGCGCAGAAGACGACGGCCGCCGCUGACGCGGCAGCCGUCUUGACCGCCGCUGACUCGGGUCAACCCGGGCCCACGACCCAGAAGCGCCAGCGCGCGGCACCCUCCGCUGACGUCACCCCAGUCAACACCCCCCCCCCCCCCUUUGACUACACAGCAGCUGCAGGCAUUACUCUCGAUAUUGCAGCAGCAUGCACCAUCAACUACAGCUACAUUGACGGAAGACGUUUCUGCUUCUGCUAA